UGUGCGCGUGCGCUCCCCCGGCCAGCCCCCCGGAUCCGACCGUCGCCCGGUAACCACGGGGCUCGAAGAUGCCGGCCAUCCUGGUGGCCUCCAAGAUGAAGUCGGGACUCCCCAAACCCGUACACAGCGCCCUGCCCAUCCCGCAGGCGCCCGCCCCGCCCCGCUCCCUCAAACUGCCCCCCUCCAGGAUCGCCUGCUCCGGCCACGCGCCCCUCAAGCGCCCCCACCAUGGGCCGGGGAGCCACGGGGACGGGGCGCCCCGAAAGAUGAUCGACCCCACGGAGAGCGGAGGGGACGCCCAGAUCUACACGGAUUGGGCCAACCAUUAUCUGGCGAAAUCUGGCCACAAGCGCCUGAUCAAGGACCUGCAGCAAGACGUCGCGGACGGAGUGCUGCUGGCCGAAAUCAUACAGGUUAUAGCCAGUGAGAAGAUUGCGGAUAUCAAUGGGUGCCCAAAGAGCCGGUCUCAGAUGAUUGAAAACAUCGACGCCUGCCUCAGCUUCCUGGCCGCCAAAGGCGUCAACGUGCAGGGCCUGUCCGCGGAAGAAAUCCGGAAUGGGAAUCUGAAGGCCAUACUGGGUCUGUUCUUCAGCCUGUCCCGGUACAAGCAGCAGCAACAGGCCCAAAAACUCUCCCACCAGACCGCCGCCCCCAGCCAGGCCGGGACCCCCGUCCAGAUGCAGGGCCCGCCCCACGCCCCCUCGGCGCACAUGCAGAAAGCACAAGCGGAGAUGCAGUCCAGUCUUCCAUCCCAGGAUUCCUCUCAGAGGAAAGUGCUCAAGUUUAAUCUCGGUCAGAGAAAAGCCUCUAGGCUACCGGGCCCGACCGCGAGGAUGUCGGCUGCAGGCAGCGACGGCAAGCCUCGCGGGUCUACCAGCGCCGGUAACAGACGGAGCCAGAGCUUCAACAACAUCGAUAAGUCCAAACCCGCCCCCACCCCAGUCAGCGCACACGACAGAGAGCCGUCGGAGGGCGACAGCACAGCGACCCGCGGGAUGACGGAGCGCGCCCAGUCCCCGGGCCCCGCCGGCGCCCCCGCCACCAGCAGCGGCGCCUCCUCCAUCCCCACCUCCUCCUCCUCCUCGGCCAUCCCCCAGCCCGGCUCCGCCGGCAAGCCCUGGAGGAGCAAGUCCCUCAUCAAGCACAGCGGUUCGUCCGCCGCGCUGUCCGUCAAGCAGCCGGACCCGCCCACUCAGCAGCAGCAGCAGCAGCAGGCGGCCCCGCCCGUCGAAGCCCUCCCUAAGCCGGCCCCCGCGCCGCAGAAGUCCAUGCUGGAGAAGUUCCGGCUCUUCAACAGCAAAGGGGGGUCCAAGUCCUCGGGCGGGGGGCCCCCGACGGACGGCGCCACCGCCCCCGCGCCCCCCGGGGGGAAGGAGAGGGCGGAGGCCGGGUCCAACACGGAGCCCCUGGAGGAGAUGGAGGGGAACGCCCGGCCCCUCAACGGCACCAGCAGCCCCAAGAUGGCCCUGCGGGGCAUCGCCCAGCGCACCUUCAGCCGCGCGCUUACCGCCAAGAAGAACUCGCCCAAGUCCGCCGAGAAGGACAAGGACAAGCCCAAAGAGAAGGACAAGGACAAGCCUAAGGAGAAGGACAAGGACAGGGCCAAGGAGAAGGACAAGGACAAGGACCGGGCCAAGGAAGGCUCCAAGCGCCUGUCCGUCAACUCCGUGAAAGGGGCGGAGCCCAGGGAGGAGCCCAAGGAGGAGCCCGCCCCCGCUAAGGAGGCGGAGCCGAAGAAGACCUCCAAGAUCGCCAGCUUCAUCCCCAAAGGGGGCAAAGCGGGCAGUGCCAAAAAGGAGGGCCCGGCCCCCGCCCACAGCGGCAUACCGAAGCCCGGGUCCAAGGCCCCCGGGCCGGGGAAGGGCUCAGCGGCGCCCCCCGCUGGGAAGGACGGGGAGAGGCCGCGCAGCGCGAGGCUGGGCGGGGGGCCGAGCCUGGGCCUGGGCCUGGGACUGGGACUGGGCCUGGGCCUGGGUCUGCUCAAGGGUCAGCCGGACGGCAGGAGCUCCGGCUCCUCCUCCUCCAGCCUGGCCUCCUCCUCCGAGGGCAAGGCCCAGCCGCAGGCCAACGGCGCCGCCCCGGUGGCCGGCGGCGGCGGCGGCAACACCACCAGCGUCCAGCUACCUCAGCCGCAGCAGCAAUACAGCCACCCCAACACCGCCACCGUCGCCCCCUUCAUGUACAGGUCACAGACGGACGUGGACGGGACCCUGAUGUCCGAGUCGGGGCCCGCGGGGGGGAGCGGGGACCCCGCCCCCGUCAGCAAACCCACGCAGGCCUCCGCCGAGGAUCUGGCAGGUGAGGACCCCGAAGCCAGGCGGCUGCGGACGGUGAAGAACAUUGCAGACCUUCGGCAGAACCUGGAAGAGACCAUGUCCAGCCUGAGGGGGACCCAGCUCUCACACAGCACCCUGGAGACGACCUUUGACAACAGCGUCACCACGGAGAUAAGCGGCCGCAGCAUCCUCAGCCUGACCUCGCGCUCCGCGGCGCUGUCGUGGCGACUGGGCCAGUCCAGCCCCCGGCUGCAGGCGGGCGACGCCCCCUCAACGGGCAACGGCUACCCGCCGCGGGCCAACGCCAGCCGCUACAUCUACUCCGGACCCCUGCGGAGGCAGCUGGUCGCCCGCGGCAGCGCCAUCAGCGGGGCGGAGCUGGGCGACAAGGCGGACGACCUGGACCUGGAGAGCAUCGCCAUGGACGCGCCCGGUUACAUGAGCGACGGCGACGUGCUGAGCAAGAACGUCCGGACCGAUGACGUCACCAGCGGCUACAUGACGGACGGGGGGCUGAGCGUGUACGCGCGGCGGCUCAACCGGCUGCCCGACGGGAUGGCCGUCGUCCGGGAGACGCUCCAGCGCAACGCCUCCACGGGCCAGGGGGACGCCGACAGCUGGGACGACAGCAGCUCCGUGAGCAGCGGGAUCAGCGACACCAUCGACACGGACGACAUCAACACCAGCUCCUCCGUCAGCUCCUACGCCAACACGCCCGCCGGGUCCCGCCGGGCCAUCGACAGAGCGCCCCAGACGGACGCGGAGAAGCACUCGGCGGCGGCGGAGCGCGGCUCGGCCUGGUCGGGCGACGAGGUGAAGCGGUCGGACGGCGGCUCGGACAGCGGCGUCCGGACGGAGCCGGGCUCGCGCUGGCGGAGGAACCCGUCGGACGUCUCGGACGAGUCGGACAAGAGCGCCUCGGGCCCCCCCCGCCGCGCCCCCGCCGCCUCCCACACGGGCUCCUGGAGGCGGGGCGCGACGGCCCAGACGGGCGCCUCCGCGCCCCGCGCCAAGGUGCCCGUCGCUGCGGGAACCGGCGCGCUCAAGACCCACGGGGCAGGGAAAACGGACGAUGCCAAGGUGUGUGAGAAGGGCCGUCUCUCGCCCAAGCCCCCCGGCGUCCAGCGCUCCCCCUCGGACGCGGGGCGGAGCAGCGGGGACGAGGCCAAGAAGCCCCCCCCCAGCGCGCCCCGCGCCCCCACCAGCACCUUCGGCUUCAAGAAGCAGCCGGUCGCCACGACGACCUUCAGCGCCGGCGGGACCGCCAUCGUCGCCGGCGGCUCGGCCACCCUGGGCAAGGUGCCCAGGUCGGCCGGUGGCCGGCCCGGCGGGCGCAAGGCCAGCAUGGACGCCCAGGACGACGGCUGCCUCCUCCCCGCCAUCGCCCGCGGCAACCUGCAGUACCGCAGCCUGCCGCGGCCCAGCCGCUCGGGCGGGGCCCGCUACAGCGGCGGCGGCAACCGCUCGUCCACCAGCAGCAUCGAGUCUGGCCUCGGCGGCAAGCCGACCGCCCUCCUCCCCCCGCCGCCCAAGGCCCGCGAGCCGGCCCCCGGCAGGGCCGCCGCCACCGCCGUCACCGCGCCCAACCAGACCGACCGCGAGAAGGGCGUGUCCUCGGACGCGGAGGGCGGCGGCCAGGCCAAGGCCGGGGGGGCCGCCGCCGUCGCCGCCCCGCAGGGCGGGAGGCAGCAGGGGGCCAAGUACCCCGACGUGUCGUCCCCCUCUCUACGCAGGCUCUUCGGGGUGAAGCCCGGCAAGCAGGCCCCGGUCUCCACCGCGGAGAGCACAAAGAACUCCACGGUCAUCUCCAACCCCCACGCCACCAUGGGCCAGCAGGGGGCGCCGGACUCGCCCUCGGGCGAGCCCUCCCACUCCCCGCCGGCCUCCAGCCCCGGCUCGGCCUACUCGGCCCCCUCCAACAGCCUGACGUGGGGCACCACCCUCAGCACGUCCUCCGCCCUCAGCAAGGAGGGCGCGGCCUUCCCCUCCGUCAGCAGCCUGCACACCAGCUGCGAGUCCAUCGACGUUUCCAUGAGCAGCGGCGGGCCCGGUUGCCACGGCGCCAGCAGGGACGACCCCACCCCGCCCGCCUCCGCCUCCGCCUUCGCCAGGACGGGCAGCGUCAGGACGGGCAUGUCGGAGAGUCCCCUCUCUUCCCCUUCCGCCAGUCCCAAAUUCGCCCGAAACACGUUACCACGGAAACAGGACAGGUACGCCCCCCUGCCCCACCUGCGCAGCCACGAGGAGGCCAAGGAGUGGCUCCGCUCCCACUCCGCGGGUGGCCUGCAGGAUUCGGCCAGCAACUCGCCCUUCUCCCCCGGGUCCAGCCUCACCUCUCCCUCCUCCGGGACGCGCUUCAACUUCGGCCAGCUCGGCAGCCCCACCACGGCCGCUCAGAUCAACCUGGCCAGCCUGCGCUCCAACAGCCUGUCCAAUCAGGACGGCCCGUACGACGCCUACGGCGAGCCCCGCCUCCGCAACUCCUCCAUGUCGCUGGACGACAAGGGCCGCGCCAUGAGCCGCUCCGGCUCCUUCCGGGACGGGUUCGAGGAGGUUCAUGGGUCAUCGCUCUCUCUCGUGUCCAGCACCUCCUCCGUCUACUCAACGCCUGAAGAGAAGUCCCAGUCAGAGAUCCGGAAGCUCAGGAGGGAGUUGGACUCCUCCCAGGAGAAGGUGUCGGCGCUGACCACUCAGCUCAGCUCUAACGCUCACCUGGUUGCCGCCUUCGAGCAGAGCCUGGGAAACAUGACCAUCCGGCUCCAGAGUCUCACCAUGACGGCGGAACAGAAGGACUCUGAGCUGAACGAGCUGAGGAAGACCAUCGAGUUCCUGAAGAAGCAGAACGUGGCAGCGCAGGCGGCCAUCAACGGUGUGAUCAACACCCCGGAGCUGACCUGUAAAGCCUCGGGCACGGGCCCGCAGCCGCAGCCGGACCUGCGCAUUCGCAGGCAGCACUCCUCGGACAGCGUGUCCAGCAUCGCCAGCGCCACCAGCCACUCCAGCGUGGGCAGCAGCCUGGACCAGGACGCCAAGAACAAGAAGAGGAGGAAGAACUGGGUCUGCGAGUUGAGGAGUUCCUUCAAGCAGGCGUUCGGCAAGAAGAAGUCUCCCAAGUCGGCGUCGUCGCACUCGGACAUCGAGGAGAUGACCGACUCCUCCCUCCCCUCCUCCCCCAGGCUCCCCCACAACGGCUCUACCUCCUCCACGCCCAUGCUGAGGAACUCCCAGUCCAACUCCCUGCUCUCGGAGUGCGCAGACAGCGAGGCGGAGACCGUCAUGCAGCUGCGCAGCGAGCUGCGGGAGAAGGAGAUGAAGCUGACGGACAUCCGGCUGGAGGCCCUGAGCUCCGCCCACCAGCUGGACCAGCUGCGCGAGGCCAUGAACCGCAUGCAGGCUGAGAUCGAGAAGCUGAAAGCGGAGAACGACCGCCUGAAGUCUGAGACCCAGGGCAGCCACAGCAGGCCCCCCUCCCAGGUGUCCCUGUCCCCCUCCCCAAACCCAGGCAUCACCCUGUCCCAGCACGGCCUUAACCUGACCGAGUCCACCAGCCUGGAUGUGCUGCUGGACAGUAGUGGAGAGGGCACCAUGCACAAAGACGGCCGGCACGUCAAGAUCGUGGUCACCCUGGAGGAGGACCUCAAGCGCAGAGAGGAGUGUAGGCCUCGUCACUUCCUGAUUGGCUGCAUCGGUGUCAGCGGCAAGACCAAGUGGGACGUCCUGGACGGCGUGGUCAGGCGCCUCUUCAAGGAGUACGUCAUCCAGGUGGACCCGGCCGCCCAGCUGGGCCUGAACUCGGACAGCGUGGUGGGGUACAGCAUCGGGGACGUCCACCGCUCGGCCGGCGCCCAGACGCCCGAGCUGCUGCCCUGCGGCUACCUGGUGGGGGAGAACGACACCAUCUCCGUCUCUCUGAAAGGCGUGUCGGAGCACAGCCAGGACAGCCUGGUGUUCGAGACGCUGAUCCCCAAGCCCGUGCUGCAGCGCUACGUCUCCCUGCUCCUGGAGCACCGCCGCCUCAUCCUGUCGGGCCCCAGCGGCACCGGCAAGUCCUACCUGGCCGCCCGGCUGGCCGAGCACGCCGUGCGGCGGGAGGGCCGCCCGCUGGCCGACGGCGCCAUCGCCACCUUCAACGUGGACCACAAGUCCAGCAAGGAGUUGAGGCAGUACCUGUCUAACCUGGCUGACCAGUGCAGCAGUGAGAGCCAGGCGGUGGACAUGCCCCUGGUGGUCAUCCUGGACAACCUGCACCACGUGGGCUCCCUGGGGGAGAUCUUCAACGGCCUGCUCAACUGCAAGUACCACCGCUGCCCCUGCAUCAUCGGCACCAUGAAUCAGGCCACGUCGUCAUCGCCAAACCUGCAGCUCCACCACAACUUCAGGUGGGUGCUGUGCGCCAAUCACACGGAGCCGGUGAAGGGCUUCCUGGGCCGCUUCCUGCGGCGGAAGCUGAUGGAGGCGGAGAUCGGCGGACGGGCGCGGAACGCCGAGCUGGCCAAGGUCAUCGAGUGGAUCCCGCGCGUCUGGCACCACCUCAACCGCUUCCUGGAGGCGCACAGCUCCUCCGACGUCACCAUCGGGCCACGCCUCUUCCUGUCCUGCCCUAUGGACGUGGACGGCUCACGGGUGUGGUUCACGGACCUGUGGAACUACUCCAUCAUUCCCUACAUGCUGGAGGCGGUCCGAGAGGGCCUGCAGCUGUACGGCAGAAGGGCACCCUGGGAGGACCCGGCCCGGUGGGUGAUGGACACGUACCCGUGGGCGGCCAGCCCCCAGCAGCACGAGUGGCCCCCGCUGCUGCACCUGCGGCCCGAGGACGUGGGCUUCGACGGCUACUCCGCCCCCCGCGAGGGCUCCCUCAGCAAGCAGGCCCCCCAGGGAGAGGCCGAGGGGGAUCCGCUGAUGAACAUGCUCAUGAGGCUCCAGGAGGCGGCCAACUGCUCCAGCCCACAGAGCUACGACAGCGACUCCAACAGCAACAGUCACCAGGACGACAUCCUGGACUCCUCGCUGGAGUCCACGCUGUGAUCCCACCCUCUCGUUUUUACCCCUCCUUUCCCCCCCCACCCCCCACUUUUUGCUCUAAAAUCAAGAACAAGCGCUAAAAAGGCUGGGCUCUGUCUGAUUGACAGCCCAACAGAGCCAAUCCUUUGUGGGUGCGGGUAGCCCAGAGGAUAAUUUUUUUCCUUUUUUGUUUUAAACUUCCUGUUUUGUUUUUUUUUUUUAAAACGAAAAGCAAACAGACUGCACUACUCUAUUUUUACAUGGUGUCUGUGAACAGCUGUCGCCGUGGCGCCCGGCCUCAGCAUACGGGAGAGCCCACAGCACUUCGGAAAAACUGCAGAACCGCGCACUGUGCCACGCCUCGCCCGUCCGGCUCGCUCGAAGAACCGCUUGCCCGCGCUACUGUGACCGAACGCCUGCCCUGGCACAGGCUCGACCCCCACAGUCUGACCCGCACUGCUCCGGGACAGGCCGGCUCUGUCCCCCGGGAGCAGACCGCUACACACGGACUUGGGUUCCCCUGAGAGGCCUGCGGGUCACUGGCUGAGGUCGCGUUGAAGCUUUAAGAGGUGUCUAGUGCAUGAAGACGCUCUACGGUGCCCUGCUCUUCUGUGCCUGAGGAGGAAUUUGUGAUCGCAAAUAACUGAGUGGGACAUUUUGCCUUCUUUUUCCCAUGGUGGAGUUUACUUGGGGUUUACUGGGCGGUUUUGGGGGAGUGCGUGUGUAUUUGUGUGUGUGUGUGCGCAUGUGAGUGUGUGUGUGUGUGUCGGGGGGGGGGGGUGGUAGGGACUUGUCCACCAACAAGCCAGGCCAGGUGUGUUCACAGACGUUCACAGCUGAGAAUGUAAAAUGCCGUGAAAUUGUAGGAAACGCAGCCACCGCUAACAGCCGCAUCUGUUCCAGACGCGGUGUUAAAAUGCUCACGUUUUCUGCCCCCGACAGCACCGCACAGCACUGGGUGCUUUCGCAACGCAUGUGGCAGUUUCUUAAUGUACCUCUCUAGACAUUGCAAAUGAUUAUGCAUUCAAAUGAUGUGGAAUCCAAUCCUCUCGGGUGACAUUUCACAGUCAGAGAGCACAACAUCACUCAGAUAGCAUGACAUCACUCAGACAGCACAACAUCACUCAGACAGCACAACAUCACUCAGAUAGCAAGACAUCACUCAGGCAGCAAAUAUCACUCAGAUAGCACAACAUCACUCAGGCAGCACAACAUUGUUCAA